AAAUGUGUCGGUUUUUUUUAUUGUAAAAACCAAACAAGGGAUGAAGAAUACAUAUGGAUGCGAAUUGAUUUGACGGAUUUGACAAUUAAUGGUAGAUAAUAAACAUCAACAGCGAAGAAAUGUGUCCAGGGCGAAUGAAAGGAAAACCAGUAACUUCAAAAGUCGUAAAAAUGGAAUAUCAGCGGUAACAUUAUUUUCGAAUUCAUGUAUAUGUUAUAUGCAUCCCUACCAACACUUAAAGCCGAAUUAAGUAAGAAUCUUCACUAUUACGAAUCCAUACAUGCGGAUGAUAUCGUUUAUAGAGUAUUCAAUGUUUCAAAAGAAGUCGAAUUUAAUGCCUUUGGUCAGCAUUUUCGAAUUAUUUUGCAUCCACAACGUGAUAUAUUACAUAGAAAUUUCAAAGCAUACUCUGUGGACGCUCUUGGAAAUAAGACAAUCAUUGACUGCGAUCAUGACACAUUGUAUACUGGCCAAGUGUUUGGCGAACCCGAAUCGUCAGUCAGAGCACAGAUAGAAGAUGAAAUUAUAACGGCAAAAAUUGAUUUACUAGAUGAAACGUAUCAUAUUGAGCCAUCCUGGAGACACUUACCACAUUUAUCCGAUCGUCAUAUGAUUGCUUAUAAGCAGUCUGAUGUUAAAUUAAGUUGGAUGUCAAACGAAACAGCGAAAAAGAAAUUUGGUCACCGCACAUGGAUUUGGCCAUAAUUGGGGCUCAAAUCAUGAUAAUGCAUAUCACCGAUGUGCAUAUCCAGCUCUUCUUUAAUGAAUUCAUAUGUUAAAAAUGAGAUAUUCUCCUUGUGCGCAAUACAAUCCAUACGACAAGUACUGCUAGCCAAAUCGCAACGCUGUUUCUCAGAACCGGAAUAAUUCCGUGGUAAUUAUAAGCAUUCAAUUGUAUUUUGUUCAAUUUGAAUAAAUACUUUUUGUAUACUGACUUUUUGUAGUGGCAAUAAUUGAAAAAAAAAAAUGUAGGCAAAAAGACAACUUUUUCUAAUCGGAAAUAUGUUCACUCUUUGAAAGAAUUUUUAAAUAUGUUUUCCAUAAAAUAAAACUUUAA